AUGGCGGCUGCAUUGCUCGUUGACCUUAUUUUUUUGUUGCUGUUGCUGUUUCUACUGGUUUUGAACACGUUUUCGUCCACAUGCAGGGAGCGAGCGGAGGUAGGGGGAGCCAUGGUUGCCAACGCUGCGCCGCACCAGCGAAAGAAGUUCGUGAAGGGGACGAAUAUCAUUGUUCAGAAGAGCGCCACCGAUGGCGUGCAAGACGCUCACCUUGGCAUGGUGUACGCCAUUUCUGCAGACGACAAGAAUGAGGCGGUGUGGUGGAAAAACACGCUUCGGCCGGAGCGAAACCUCACCCACCCCUCCGAGGCGUUUCUGCACGGGAUCAAGGCGCUUCGGCCCUCAGCACGCUUCAACACGUUUGACGCUCAAAAGGCGCGCCUUCGCCGGUUAGUCAAGCAGGAGAAGGACAAACGCAAGUGGCUCAAACGCCGCCAGAAAGAGGUGGCACCAACAGCGGCGAUGAAGGCCUCCGUUAACCCACACAAAGUUCCUCGCACCGGUGGCCAUGCCCCGGCGGAGGAGGUUCGACUCCUUUCACGUGGUCGCAAAUCGUCGAAGAAGAGCACCACUAAUGAGACCGAAAAGAAGGAUUACUUCCACAAGUGGAAAAAACGAAAGCUGCAGAAGAUUGGAAAGGGCCUGUAG